AUGGCGAGGAGCAGCAGAACUGCCGUCACCCCCUUGGGGUUGAGCAUGCAGCUCUCCAGCGUCAAUCGCAACAAAGGUGGCAAGAAGAAGGGAGGAAAGGGCGCAGCGAAGAGCAACGCUGCUGACAAGCCUGCAAGGCAAACAAGCCAGGUCCUUGACACCGACAAGCGGGAGUAUAUCUACCAGAUGUACAAGCUUGGAAAGAGACUGCCAAGUGGCAAGCAGGUCCUUCAAGACAUCAACCUUGCUUUCUAUCCUGGAGCGAAGAUCGGAGUGCUGGGGAACAACGGAGCAGGAAAGUCGACAUUGAUGAGAAUUAUGUCUGGACAGGAUGAAAACUACGAGGGAGACGCUGCGCCAGCGAGAUGGGCUAAGAUCGGCUACCUGGAGCAAGAACCGAAGCUGAGCGAAGACAAGACUGUGAUCGAGAACAUCGAAGAGUCGGUCAAGGAGAUCCGAGAGCUCGUCGCGCGCUACGGAAAGAUAUCCAAGGAGCUGACGGAUGAGGGAAUCUCUGACGACGCCAAGGAGAAGCUGAUGAACGAGAUGGAAAGAGUUCAAAACGGAAUCGAAGCCUCCAACGGAUGGGAGCUCGACCGCAUGCUCGAGCGUGCCAUGGACGCACUGAGAUGUCCUGACCCAAACAGCAGCGUGAGCGUCCUCUCUGGAGGCGAGAGGAGGCGAGUUGCUCUUUGCAAGCUGCUUCUACAGAGGCCAGACCUUCUCCUCCUCGACGAGCCCACCAACCACCUUGACGCAGAGGCAAAACCUCACUCUGUCGCUUGGCUGGAACAGUUUCUUGGAUCCUACCAGGGAACAUGUGUGGCCAUCACUCACGACCGCUACUUCUUGGACAAUGUUGCUCAGUGGAUUCUCGAGCUCGACCAGGGCAAGGGCAUCCCUUACGAAGGAAACUAUCAGACAUUCUUGGACAAGAAGACUGAGAGGAUGCGUCAAGAGAAGAAACAGGCUUCCGCUCUUCAAAAGGAGCUUGAGAAGGAGCUCGAAUGGAUCCGCUCGUCCCCGAAGGCCCGCCAAGCCAAGAGCAAGUCUCGCAUCCAGGCGUACGAUGAACUCUUGGAGCGAUCGCAGGAGAUGGAAAAAAGAACAGGAGCUGCGCAACUAUAUGUUCCUGCUGGACCCAAGCUCGGAACUCAGGUGGUCGAGAUCGAAGGAGUCACAAAGGCCUUUGGCGACAGGCUGCUGUACGAGGACCUGACUCUUUCUCUGCCGCGAGGAGGAAUCGUCGGAGUGAUCGGACCCAACGGAUGCGGCAAGUCUACUCUCUUCCGCAUGAUCGCUGGAGAACAGCAGCCGGACAAGGGAACCAUCAAAGUUGGCGAGACCGUCAAACUCAUGUACGUCACGCAAGAUAGGCUGGGGCUUGACGGCGACAAGUCUGUCUUCGAGAGCAUCAACGACGGUUAUGAACUGAUGAAUCUGGGACAGCGCGAGAUCAACGUGCGGCAGUACCUGGGCUGGUUCAACUUCAAGGGCGCCGACCAGCAGAAGAAAGUCGCAAACCUGUUGCAAUUGGCAAUGACCCUCAAGGAGAACGGGAAUCUUCUGCUUCUGGAUGAGCCUACCAACGACCUUGACGUCGACACGCUGAGAGCCCUCGAAGACGCUCUCAUCGACUUCCCAGGAUGUGCUGUGGUCAUCAGCCACGACAGAUACUUCCUUGAUCGCGUGGCGACUCAUAUCCUCGCGUUUGAGGGUGAGGAAUGCAAGCCCUUCUUCUGGGAGGGGAACUUUCAGUCCUAUGAAGAGAACAGGAUCAACCGCAUGGGCAACACAGAGCCAACGCGCAUCAAGUACAGGCCCUUGCCCGCCAUGUGA